AUGACUGAUGAAAAUAUAACUGUGAGUGAUAAUUCGGACUUGGAAGAUGGUAGUCCCCCAGAACUCAGAGGAUAUUUAAGUAAAUGGACUAACUACAUACAUGGAUGGCAAGAUAGAUUUAUUGUUUUAAAGGAAUCUACAUUAUCGUAUUACAAAAGCGAAUUGGAGAGUAAUCUGGGUUGUCGUGGAGCGUUAUGCUUAAAAAAAGCUAAAGUCAAGCCACAUGAAUUUGACGACUGCAGAUUUGAUGUGUCCGUUAAUGAUUGCGUGUGGUACUUGAGAGCUUCAAACCCCGAAGAGAAGCAGCAGUGGAUUGAUGUACUGGAGUCAUUCAAAGUUGAAUCUGGCUAUGGUACAAGCUCGGACAGCAGUACAAAUGGGAGCGGCCUUCGGAGACAUGGUUCAGUUACUUCGCUGCAGUCCACUGGAUCUGCUGGUCGUGCAAAUCGUCGUCUGGCUGAGAAGAUUGCUGAGUUUGAUACAUACACCGACCUGUUGUCAAAACAAGCCGUCACUCUCCAGGGUUACUUUGACAUGGCAUCGGCCCAGAUAAACGAUGAUGAGGCAAUUGACGCUGUUAAAUAUGCUGAUGGUAUAAACCUCAGUCAAUAUUCACAAGAGGUGCGUGCCACGAGUGCGUCUUUCCGUGCUACGUGUGCGGCCGCUGUGUUGGCAGCUCAGACAUGCGCUGACCUCCUGCGACGAAGAGAGACGAGAGCGAGGCAGGCGGAGGAAUUGUAUAUGGCCUUGAAGAAUCAGCUAUCAGAAGCAAGGCUUGCUUCCAAACCGGGACCUGAUCACGAGGUAAGUCAUUAUAUUUAUGGAAAUUUAUUAAAUACCUUCGCUGACGAUCUCGCAAUACUGACACGUAACCCCAAACACUGUCAAGUACUAUUGGAUGAAGUGGAUAAAUUCUGUGAGUGGACGGAUGGAUUGAGGACAAAACCCAGUAAAUGUCAUUGUCUGUGUCUUGGUAGGCGGAAUACAAGAUACACCUCAUACGAUCCGGGACUAUCGUUAGGCGGUCAAUGCAUUUCUACGGUUACGGAAAAUGCACCAUUUAAAUUUCUCGGUCGUAAGAUUGAUAAUAUAGGCCGUACUCCAUCUUUAGAAGGAAUAGUAGAUAGCUUUUUGAACGAUCUUAACAAGUUAGAUGCAGGCGUCAUAAAGAUGUUGAAGUUGUGGCUCGGGCUCGCUCUAACGGCUGAUUCAUCGGCGUUAUUUAGGGGAAGCAAUAGUUUUGGGAUGAGUCUAAAAAGGCCAUCGGAGCUCUAUAAACACCUAAGAGUUUCCAAGAGAUAUAUCCUGGGGAAAUCCCAUGAUGACAUAGUGACAUCGCUCCCAAAAGAUGAAGAUGCCCCCGAAAUGAUAAAUAUAAGAUCCAUGCAAUGA